AUUCGCAGUAUGCAUGCGGUGUCCGCCAUGUCUGCGAUACAACGUUGUUCAAAACUCUUCUCAAAUAACCUUUGUCGCACCAUAAUAAAUAUAGAAAUCCGCUCGAGCAUUUCGGAUUAUAAGUCAUUUGCCGGAUCUCGCCCUAAAAAAGUAAAAAAUCGAUUCGAUCCCCCAGAAUGGUUUGUUCCGAAGAAGGCAUACAAUUACUUCGACAAUUUAACUCCUUCGAAUAGAGACUUUUUAAAGGAAGUUGCAUAUGACCGUUAUAUAACUAAUCGAGAAAGUCCUUUGGUCGAUGAACCAAUAAAGAGAAACACAUGGAACCCUUGGUAAGUUUUUAUAUUCUGUGAAGGUAACUUUACCUGAGAAAUUAAUAUCAUGGAUAGCACAAAGCGAACAGGAGUAUUAGGAGUUAAAAUAGGUGUCUUACCCCAGUGGACGAAGGAUGGAACAAAAUUAUUCACGACUUUAGUUCAAAUUAUUGAUAAUCAUGUAAUAAGAUAUGUCCCUCCUGAAGAUUAUAAACAAUCCUCAGCUGCCACUUUGUAUAUGAAAAAUAGAAACUAUGGCAGUGUGGUUGUUGGAGCGUUGAGUUGUUAUCCCACUAGUUUUACAAAAAGUUAUGUUAACCUUUUUAAUGAAGCGGGAGUUCCUCCUAAACGAAAGCUAACCCGUUUCUUGGUAACUCCUGAUGCUGCAAUUGAACCAGGAACUCCAUUAACAGCCAAGCAUUUUAAUGUUGGAGAUUACGUUGACGUACAAGCCAGAACUAUUGGACAUGGUUUUCAAGGUGUCGUUAAGAGAUGGGGCUUUAAGGGAGGACCUAAAAGUCACGGAGCUACCAAAUGGCAUAGAAGACCCGGAACAAUAGCAAGCGGGGGAAGAACAGGCCUUAUCUAUAAAGGCAAAAAGAUGCCUGGAAAGAUGGGUAAUAGAUGGAGAAAUCAUAGAGGUUUAAAAAUUUGGAGAAUUAACUACAAAUACAACGUAUUGUACUUGACGGGUCCGGCCACACCAGGACCGACUCAUUCUUAUAUUCGUAUAUACGACACAAUAUUACCAAAUUUGAAAAAAGAGAUGACUUCGAAAGAAGUUCAUCCCCCAAUGCCAACCGCCUAUCCAGAAGAUUUUAGUGAAGGUUUACCCGAGGAAGUUUUUGACGAUGAACUAUUUCAAUUUAAUGAUCCAACGUUAAUGUAUAACCUAGAUGAGAAAUAAAUAAACAAAUUUUCUUUACAUAC